AUGCCUUUCCGCUCACCUUUCCAUCGAAUGAAUGAUGCCCAUUCGCAACAACCGCUCCUGAAAGAGGAUGGACCCCAACGGGAGUCCAAUACAUUUGCCGAAUCCCAUGAACGAAUCCUCGAAAGACCGCAUAUGUCUCGUAGAUCGACCUUUCGCAGCCGAACACCGGAUAUCGAAGACAAGAAUCUUACCCGUCGGAAAUACAUACUAGCCUCGGGCUUUUUGCUGCUGAGUUUGAUCAGUUUCGUGAUUCAGACAGAGACGGCAGUGUAUAUUCAACACGAGCUUCAUUGGGAUAAGCCAUAUUGUAUGCUAUAUCUUACCCACGGCUCCUGGUCGUUACUAUGGCCAACACAGCUCUUGAUUCUGCGAAUUCAAAAACGAAAACUGUCAUGGGACGCUUUCUGGCGACGACAUGUAUUUCUCCUGCGCACAACAGCCCAGAUGGUUGAACGGCAGGACCUGCAUCUUACCACCCGAGACGAUCAUCGAUCACCGGUCCCUUAUAUGUUGAAAACCACGGCUUUUAUAACCAGCGCCUUGACCAUUGCCGGCGGUAGCUGGUAUGUCGCAGUGAACAUGACGACAGCUAGUGAUUUGACCGCUAUCUACAAUUGCUCGGCGUUUUUUGCUUAUGCAUUCUCCGUUCCGCUGCUGAAAGAUAAACUCCGUUUCGAUAAGAUCUUUUCUGUGUUGGUGGCAAUUAUUGGCGUAUUGGUCGUAGCAUACGGGGACUCUGGUCCAGAGGCUGGCGAGAGCAGUGGUUCGGCUGACAACCGCACACUAGGCAAUAUCGUUAUUGGUGUUGGAAGUGUGUUGUACGGACUAUACGAGGUGCUCUAUAAGAAACUGGCAUGUCCUCCGGAAGGCACUAGUCCGGGAAGAAGCAUGAUCUUUGCGAAUACCGUGGGAAGUUUGAUUGGAACAUUCACUUUGCUGGUAUUGUGGUUUCCAUUGCCAAUUUUGCAUUGGACGGGAUUGGAAACGUUUCGUUGGCCCACCGGUGAAGCCGCCUGGAUGCUUUUGAUUUCUGUUAUUGCAAAUGCCACGUUCUCCGGUUCCUUCCUGGUUCUGAUUUCGUUAACUUCACCAGUCCUCUCGUCUGUGGCAGCGCUAUUGACCAUCUUUCUAGUCGCCAUCGUGGACUGGUUACGGACCGGGAAACCGUUGUCUGUUGCAGCCCUUUCAGGCGGUGUCUUGAUUAUUGUUGCCUUUCUAUUGCUGAGUUAUAGUACAUACCGAGAGGUUGAUGAGGAGCGGAGGCGCCGGUUUGCAGAGGAUGGACCUGAUUCAGAUAGCGAUGAUUAA